ACAGCCGAGUCGAGGAGGUGAGCGCGUGAACGAGCGGAUCCCACAGGUGUGUUCUUGCCGCCAACUGCUUCCCGGAGACGCACGCGCGCGCACACACCUGGAUUUUCUGGACCAUGUGACUCGCCAGGCACCUGGGCGUGGAGAAAGUCCCUGAUAGAUCGGCUAAGCACCGCCACGGACUCUUUUGUUGGAGGAGUUGCCCGUCUUGCUCGUUCGCCGUUUCAAAUCGCACGCAGUUCGUUUUGAUUCGGUCCAGUGCCUUCCCGGGUUCCUCUCCUAUUACCACGUGAAUGAAACGUAAACUUGCGCACGGACUUUACCAUUUGGACAUUAUAUAUUUGGAGGACUUCUUCUUCUUCUAUCGAUAUCGGGACUGGACGCGUUUCCAACUCGUUUGAUCGCUUCUCCAAGAUCUUGUCGGUGGUGUGGCUGAUCGGAGGAGAGUCGUCUGAGCUCCACCUCUGAGCUCCACCUCCAGCCUCGGCCUGUGGAAGAGUAGACAGAAGAACAGGGAGAACGAAUAUAAGGCGACAUCCCGCUCUGCCCAAUGGAUGGUGCCUUAAAGUGGAUACUGAGAUCACAAAAACAUCAUUGAGAAAUGGAAAGCUGGCUGUCCCUCCUCCUCUCCAUUGCCGCCUUCUCUCUGUCACUCUCUCAGGAAGACCCCCACCGCAGCUUCAGCUCCGAGACCCUCAUCAACAAUGUGGUCCAGGACAAUCAGACGGGUCGCAUCUACGUGGGGGCUGUCAACUCCAUCUACCAACUCAGCCCUGAGCUGGUGAGGGAGGCCAGGACUGAAACUGGACCCAAAGAGGACGCUCCGACAUGCACUCCUCCAGCCUCGGCCUGUCAGGACACCAAAUCCAUGGACAACCACAACAAACUGCUCUUAGUCCAUCCCUCAAACGGAUCUCUUAUCGUCUGUGGAAGUAGAUAUAGGGGCAUUUGCUCUCUUCUUAACCUAACCAAUGUGGAUCAACAACUUUACUACAGCGAUAGCAAAGGAGAGAGGACUUACGUUGCUAGUAUCGAAGACAAUGUCAAUGUAGUUGGAGUUAUGUCCACUUACACAAGAGACGGCCAAAACUUUCCAGUAUUUCUAGUUGGUAAGGGCUACGGAAGCCUGGAUAGCACAAAACUGAUAAGCACUCGCAUUUUGCAAGAUUUGCGUGAAUGGGUAGUUUUUGAAAGCAUCAUCGAAGCGUCCACAGUCCAAACCACGCCAUUUGUACCUAAGUAUCUUCAUGAUUUCCGACAUGCGUUCAAAGAAGACGGAUUUGUCUAUUUCCUGUUUUCGCGGACUCUCGAUGGUACGGAUGGCAAAAAUUUUACAUUCGUGUCCCGCCUUUGUGAAUCAGAUCCUCACUACUACUCACACACGGAGCUGCAGCUAAACUGCGGGAAGGAUAAUCGCUACAAUAAAGUCCGAGCGGCAUAUGUGGCUGCUCCUGGAAAAGAACUGGCUAGGAGCAUGUCAGAGUCUGGUUUAUACGGUAAUGUGGUGUCUUGGCGUAAGGUUUUGUUUAUGGUGGCGAGUUCAGAUGACAAUCCAGGCGAGUCAGCGCUGUGCAUGUACCCACUGGACACCAUCAAUGAAAAACUGGGGAACAUCAUCAGCGCCUGCUACAUCGACUCGGGGAAGAUCUCUGGAGACCCAGCUGUGGACAUCCCAUACUCCUCCAAGACUGAUGAGUUCUGCACCUCCAAAAUAGCUAAGGACACUCUGGAGCGGUAUAAAUGUGGUGCAGACUUCCUGCCCUCUCCUCUGGCCAGUAAACCCAAGUACGCUCUGAAGGCCCAGUCAGAGCUCACCAAACCUGAGCUGCUCACUGCUGUGUCUGUGGCUGUGGAGAACGAGCACACCAUCGCUUUCAUCGGUAACAGCCGCGGAGAGGUCUUCAAGGUCCAUCUGACCUCAGAGCCGUAUGAGUACAGUAAGGCCUUCACUGACCCCAUGAGAGAGAGAGUCAACAAGAACCUGUUCUUCGACCUGAGCCACAGCCACCUGUACAUCACCACCGAGAAGAAGAUCACCAAGGUGCCAGUUCAAGAGUGCCUCAAACAGCCCAACUGCCAGUCGUGUGUGGGCCUGAGGGACCCGUACUGUGGCUGGUGUGUGCUGGAGGGAAGAUGCACGCGGCGGUCUGAGUGCAGGCGGGCGGAGGAAAAGAACGGCUGGCUGUGGAGCCCCAGGCAGCAGUGUCUCAAGAUCGUCUCCUUCUUCCCCCCAAACCUGUCCUGCAAGAAGACCCAGACGGUGAAAAUCAACAUCCCCUCUCUCCCUGUCAUUGGGCACUCGGACCGGCUCCACUGCAAAGUCAAAGAAUUCCAAAGCCCAGGGAGGAUGUCUGAUUCGGGGCAGGUCUCGUGUGAGCUCCCCCAACCCUCCAUGAUUCCACAGACUCUAGACGACCAAGACUUUGUUGCUGUGGCCAUAACCGUUUUUGUCAAUGACUCUGUGGAGCUCGCCACUCGGGAUUUCAAAUUCUACAACUGCGCCGCCACUGUGAAGAAGGCUGAAAAUACUCCGUGCAUGGCGUGUGUGUCCAGUCUGUGGGGCUGUCAGUGGAACAUUCGAGACCACACCUGCAGUGACAUGGACGACAGCAUCUCUGGAGCUCACAUCAUCAAACACAGACAGGGAGCAAAAUGUCCCAAGUUUGAGAAUCCUGAUCCCGUUCUCAUCCCAGUGGGCCACAAGAGACGCAUCCACUUCGAGGGCUUCAAUCUGGAUCUGUACCAGGGUCGCUCCUUCACUAUCGGGACAGAGCUGAUGAAGAACGUUGAGGAGGACGUUUCUUACGCUGACACUUUUUACAGCUUCAACGGAUUUAAUUUUUCAUUCGACAAGUCACCGGAGACCAAUGUGCUUUUCUACGUCAAGGACAAAGACACAGGCAAAAAGAUGGACAGCACCCUCAAUGUCACCCUGUAUAACUGCGCGGUGGGUCGUCAGGACUGCAGUCUGUGUAAGAACGCAGACCCUAAGUACAGGUGUGUGUGGUGCCCCAGACAGAAGGCCUGUGUGUUUGAAGAGCUCUGCUCCUCUGUGGACUCUCACAAUGUGGAGUGCCCCCAUCCAGAGAUCACUGACAUCAUCCCCAAGUUCGGGCCUCCAGAGGGGGGCAUCUCCAUCACCAUCAGAGGGUCUAACCUGGGCAUCCACCCAGAUGACAUCGUGAGCAUCAGUGUGGUGGGGGAGCCCUGUGUGCACCAGAAGAACAAGUACUCCGUCUCCACCAGUGUGGUGUGUGAGAUCGGGCCCCUGAGGCCGAUCUGGGGGCCGGUGGAGGUGGAGGUGAAGGGAGGAAAGAGGGGCAAGUCCUCCAUGGUGUUCACUUAUCAGGACCCCAUCCCCGAGUCAGUGAAGCCCAGUCAGGGGCUCAAAGCGGGGGGCACGCUCAUCACCAUCUUUGGGACGAACCUGAAAACUGGCAGUGCAAGUGACGUGCAGGUCCAGAUCGGAGGAGUGGACUGCUUCGUGGAGGGCUUUGGGAGGGAGAUCACCUGCAGGACCGGGGAGUACCGUGCAGACAAAGUGCCCUCGGACCUGCUCCCUGUCUCUCUGAAGUACGGAAAAAACACCGUUAAAACCAUCCCCAACGCUUUUCAGUUCAUGGAGAACCCAAUCAUCCAGAGCCACCACCCCCAGAGCAGCUUCGUCUGUGGAGGGAGAAACAUUGUUGUAACCGGGUCUGGAUUUGACCUCAUCCAAAAUGCACUUCUGAAAGUCCAAGGCGAGAACGCGAUGGCGCUAGAGAGGUACCGUGAGAAGAAUGACUCCAUGAUCCAGUUUUCAUCUCCAGCCGUGAACGCCUCUGGAGGACACUUCACCACCUUCAUCCAGCUGGACAACUGGGUCCGAGAGCUCAAACCGUUUGAGUACCACCCCAACCCCACCUUCAACAACAUCAGCAAGAAGGUCAUCACCGAGGCCAGCAUCAUCAUUGUCACGGGCCGUGGUUUCUCCCGGGCGAUGACGGCUCACGAGGCCCAGGCGUUUGUGGGGGAGGUGCGCUGUACGGUCAACACUCUCCAGGAUGAUAAACUGUUCUUGGAUGCUCCUUCCACCCCUCCCCGCUCCAGGUCCAGACGCCAAAGACGAGACACCAGGCCAGAGCUGCUUGAACUGCUGAUUAAGUUUGGAAACGGCGAGUGGGUGGUGGGCUCCGUGCAGUACGAGCACAAGAAUGAUUUAGCUCUGUACAUCAUCAUCCCAGCUGUCAUAGUGCCCAUGCUGAUCAUCAUCGCUAUCUCCGUCUACUGCUACAGGAGGAAGAGCCAGCAGGCAGAACGUGAAUACGAGAAAGUCAAACACCAGCUGGAGAACCUGGAGGAGAGCGUACGAGACCGCUGCAAGAAAGAGUUCACAGAUUUGAUGAUUGAGAUGGAGGACCACACCAAUGACUUGAGUGAGGGCCGCAUCCCAUUCCUGGAUUAUAAGACCUACACAGACCGAGUGUUCUUUCUGCCAUCCAAGGAUGGGGCCAAUGAUGUAAUGAUCACAGGGAAACUAGACAUCCCUGAGUCCAGAAGAGCCACAGUCACACAGGCUCUCAACCAGUUCUCCAACCUGCUCAACUCCAAGACCUUCCUCAUCAAUUUCAUCCGCACACUGGAGCGCAGCAAUGACUUUAAUGCCCGGGCUAAGGUGUACUUCGCAUCUCUUCUCACGGUUGCUCUUCAUGGGAAGCUGGAGUAUUACACAGACAUCAUGAGGACUCUGCUGCUGGAGCUCAUGGAAGAGUAUGUCAACAGCAAGAACCCCAAACUCAUGCUCAGAAGGUCAGAGACAGUGGUGGAGAGAAUGCUGUGCAACUGGAUGUCCAUCUGUCUUUACCAGUUUCUUAAGGACUCGGCAGGUGAGCCCUUGUACAAACUGUUCAGAGCCAUAAAGCACCAGAUCGAGAAGGGGCCGGUGGACGCACGGGUGAAGAAGGCCAAGUACACUUUGAACGACACAGGGCUGCUGGGAGACGAUGUGGAGUACUCUGUACUGACCCUGCAGGUGCUGGUGCAUGGAGAGGGUCCUGACGUUACUCCAGUCAAAGUUCUGAACUGUGACACCAUCUCUCAGGUGAAGGAGAAGAUCAUUGAGCAGGUGUACAGGAACCUGCCCUACUCCCAGAGACCCAAGGUGGAGUCUGUCACACUGGAAUGGCGUCCGGGCUCCACAGGGCAGAUCCUAUCUGACCUGGACCUCACCUCUCAGAAGGAGGGACGCUGGAGACGCAUCAACACACUGGCUCACUACAACGUCAGAGACAACGCCAUAUUGGUUUUGUCCAGAGUUCUUCACACGCAACAAAAUUAUGAUCAAAACCACGAAAACCAUGAAGAGCGGAACGCUUUACUGGAGGAUGACAAAGUGUUCCAUCUGGUGCGGCCGGCCGAGGAGCUGGACGAGAUCAAAUCCAAACGAGGAAGUAUAAAGGACAAGUCGAUGACCAAAGCCAUCACAGAAAUCUAUCUCACACGACUGCUCUCCGUCAAGGGCACGCUGCAACAGUUUGUGGAUGACUUCUUCAGGAGCGUGUUGUGUUCAGGGGCAGUCGUUCCCCCUGCCGUCAAAUACUUCUUUGACUUUCUGGAUGAGCAGGCACUCAAACACAACAAUGUGGAUGAGGAGACCAUCCACAUCUGGAAGACCAACAGUCUGCCUCUGCGUUUCUGGGUAAACAUCUUGAAGAAUCCUCACUUCAUCUUUGACGUAAACGUGACAGAGGUGGUGGACGCCGCUCUGUCCGUCAUUGCUCAGACAUUUAUGGACGCGUGCACCAAGAGCGAGCACAAACUCAGCCGGGACUCUCCGAGUAACAAACUACUCUAUGCAAAGGAGAUCUCCACCUACAAGAAGAUGGUGGACGAUUAUUACAAGGGGAUCAGGCAGAUGGUACCUGUGAGCGACCAAGACAUGAACACACAUUUGGCCGAAGUGUCCAGGGCUCACACAGACAAACUCAACACACAAGUGGCUCUGCAUCAACUGUACCAGUACGCCAGCAAAUACUAUGACGGGAUCAUCGCGUCCCUGGACGAAGACCCCGCUGCACAGAGCAAACAGCUCACCCACCGGCUACAGCACAUAGCAGCCACCAUGGAAAACAAAGUGACGGAUCUCUAACGCAUUGCCGGGAGGGACGGGGAGGGUGGGGUCUACGGAUACUGCCAGUGACUACAGGGGCAUAGCUCGGGUCCAAGGUGAGACACUAUGAGAAGAAUAGGUCUGUUUUACUUUUAGGUGCAGGUUUGUUCUCAAAGUUGGGUUUAAAUCAAGUCUGUUGAAAGUAAACCAGUAAACCAAGACUAUUAGCAAGGUCUUCUGGAUUAUGGUCUAAACUUCAAUCAUGUCCACCAAACUAGAACUAAUUAAAGACUAGCAAGUCAAAACAGGCUGCACUGGAGGACUAAACCGCGACUAAAAUCAAGACUAUUGCCAAGGUUUUAAUUAUGUUUAUACUAGAACUAAUAAAGACAAAAUUAGGUUUAUAUUAGGACCAAUAAAGGACCAAACAAAGACGUAACCAAGUCUAAAUCUGGACUAAACCAGGACUCAAAAACAUUCAGAACUUUGUCAAAUCCUAAAUUAAACCAAGUCUAAACCAGGACUAAGUGACAGCUGAAAUUUCAUGGGAGCAAUCUGUUGAUGGAAAUGAAGAGAAGUACAUUUCCAUAGUGUGUCACUUUCAUUUAUAAAGUUGAAAAGGUGAAAUAAUUGUCUGAACUUCUGAAUGAAAAUGAUAAUUCCUCUGUCAUGGGUAUGCCUUAAAACUACUUUGCCAACCUUCUAAAGGUCCACACACACACUCUACAUUUUCCCAGACUGCAUUGCAGCGACCUAUGCCCCUUACUGUCACAGGAUCCAAUCAGAUGUUCAAUUUCUUUUCAUGUAGAAAAAAGGUUUUAAAAUUGUAUUCUAUAUUUUUUUUAUGGUGCAGUCUUUCCGAGGAGAGCUUUAUAAUAAUAAUAAUGAGAAUAUCUUUUUAAAAUGGAUCAAGUAUGUGGUGUUUUUAUGAUGCGUAUAUAUAUAGUACAUUAUGUAUGAGUGUGAAAAUGAGAGGGGGGUGGAUAAUGCACACAGGAUGCCUACUGCCCACUCUCCCUGGACUGGAGCCUGGACUGGAUCUUGGUCUAGGACUUGGACCAAAACCAGAGACCAAAAAGGGACCCAACUAGGACUUGGUCUCCUAUGAUUGACACCAGUCGACACAGUGGCUUGUUGCUGGAAGAGCAAAGUCAGACUUUAAAGAUACACAAUGGAACUUUUUUUCUGGAGUCUGCAUCCUGCCUGUGUCCAUGGAGAUGUUAUUGCUUUGCUUGAAAUAUUCCACAGUAAUGCAUUAAGCAUGUCCGUUUUGCAUUUAUUCAGUUGCAGGUGAUAUUGUUGUUCAGAAAUACCUUGAAAUACACAUAUUCUUAACAUGUGCUGGCUCGCCUCUCCACAGAUCUCAUGUGUAACUGGUGAAAAAUCCGACAUAUGUACACUAGUAGUAACUUUGUAAGGAGUAGGCCAAUGAUGUUCAUUUUGUCAUCUUAUAUACUUAAACUUCUUAGGUUCUUUUUAAAGACAAUGCAGUAAAGUGUGUUAACCUUGUUGACAUGUUUCGGU